AUGGAUGGGUCGCACCCACCUGAGGCCAUGCGCUCCUCUCACUCUGACUCCAGAGACCCCACCGGGCCCAACUCCGGAGGUGCCCCGGAACGAGUACCAAAAGAGGACGUCAUGAUCACUCUGUCGCUCUCUCCCGAACCCCCGGCUCCUCCUCGGACCCGAUCCCCUUUGGCCCGAUCGCAUCUACGCUCACGAUCACUGGUGGGAAUCCCCGGCAUGCCUUCGAUGACGCGCGCCUACUCCUCCCCAGGGAUGGACUCGCGAGGACGAUAUAUCUUCGUCAACGGCCGCGGGGUGCCAGCGCCGCAACCCACCAUCGACUACGCGAAGCGAUCCACGCCCUUGCAGAUGCGCUCCGACGAUCACAUCGAGACCCGCCUUGGUUCGCUGAACAUUUCCGAGACCAUUUCUGAAAAUGCCGAGCUCGAGACAGUACCGCGAUCUCCAUCCUCGCAGUCGGGCUCCUCGCCAGUUUUGAUGCCACAGACUUUCCCGCGCAUCGGUCGCCUGCGUUCCACCUCUCCUCUCCAUUUCCAGCAACCCAUCAGCAGUCUCCCCUCGAUCCAUACCUCGCCUACUCUCGGCGGCCGAUACAACGAGGCCUAUCCGGUUCAUUCAGCCUCCUCCGCUUCCUCCGUGCCUUCGACCCCGACCAGUCUCCGCUCUCGCAGUCCCAGUAUCUCAUCCUUGGAGACUAUUCCCGAUAUCCCUGACGCCGAGGCUGAAGCACUUGAAGAAGAGCGGAUCGCGGAGCUCAAAGCUGCGGCAGAUGCGGCCGAUGCAGCAAGCACUGGCCGACGACGCGGCGGAUCCGACAUGUCUACACCCUCUUCGUUUGGCACAGUCCGUGGUGGUGCUAGCGCUUACGCGCCACGGAGUGACAAGCGCAAGCGUUGGAGUGUCUGCGGUGCCGAGCGCCGCCAGGACCUUGACCUAGAGACCAUCUGGGAAGACUGA